AUGGAGCGAGAUUGCUUUCGAUUUGUUCGCAAGUGCCAUCAGUGCCAGAUUCAUAGCAACUUGAUUCACUCACCCCCUUUAGAGUUGCACCCUAUGUCUGCUCCGUGGCCUUUUGUGGCUUGGGGAAUGGACGUUAUUGGGCCGAUUGAGCCGAAAGCAUCUAAUGGGCAUCAGUUUAUUUUAGUUGCCAUCGACUACUUUACCAAAUGGGUGGAAGCUGUCACAUUCAAAUCAGUCACCAAGAAAGAAGUGGUGGACUUUGUUCAUUCAAACAUCAUAUGUCGUUUUGGCAUACCGAAAAUCAUUAUCACAUAUAAUGCAGCGAAUCUCAACAGCCACCUGAUGAAGGAAGUUUGUGAGCAAUUUAAAAUUGUUCAUCGUCAUUCAACCCCUUAUCGACCCAAUGGGGCUGUUGAAGCGGCAAAUAAAAACAUCAAGAAGAUUCUUAGGAGAAUGGUGCAAGGAUCUAGACAGUGGCAUGAAAAACUACCAUUUGCUCUCUUGGGAUAUCACACGACUAUUCGUACGUCAGUUGGUGCAACUCCUUACUUAUUGGUUUACGGAACUGAGGCUGUCAUACCCGCAGAAGUUGAAAUCACUUCUCUUCGAAUCAUUGUCGAAGCAAAAAUUGAGGACACAGAAUGGGUUAAAUCAAGGUUAGAACAGCUAGCACUGAUAGACGAAAAACGGCUGACCUCAAUUUGCUUUGGUCAAUUAUAUCAGCAGAGGAUGGCUCGAGCUUGUAACAAGAAGGUACGGCCAAGAAAUUUUGAAGUCGGUCAACUUGUUGUGAAACGCAUCCUUCCCCAUCAAGACGAGGCCAAAGGAAAAUAUAGGAGAUCUGGAUCAUCAACAUGCUCUUUGUUGAUACCACAAAUGUUCGAGUUAGCUUUGAUCAUGCAUCCACGAAGAGCUAUCGAAGGUGGUCUUGCUAGGAGGAAUGUUGAUCCCCAGGAUCAAGGAUCUCCCAAUGCACCAGAAAGUCAACCCCAAGUAGAGGUCACUAAUGUUGAGUUCUAG